UACUUAGUUCAGCUUUCGCAAACCGGAUGUAAACAACGAAAUAAACAAACGAUUUGAUCCACGAGUGAUGUUAGGACACGCUUGAUGUUAUACUAUGAGGUUGCUAUGCUUCUUUAGACUGAUCCAGCAGAUCUUUGAUUCUUUUAUUGUUAAUAUGGGUGUCAAGGACGCCCAGUAUCCAAGCACUUGAUUGGUGUAGUUGUAUUAUUGUUUGACUUUGCUUCGUUUUAAUUUGUAAAAUUUGAACUGAAGUUUAUUUUGGGGGUACAGAACAGAGUAUAAGGGCACCUUAGGCUGGGCUCAAAACAAGGAGUGACAAAGGACUAAAAAUAUGACUUCCAUAGCCUCCGAUAAUGUGUUUGGCAGCAGUCCUGGUGGCUGUCAGUCUUUCUCACUAUUUACUGACACAGAGUUUGAAAAUACAGUAAAAGAGUUGGAAAAUCCUCAGAUUGAGGGUUGGGAUUUUUUCACAGAAUCAAAUGAUGUCAAAAUAUAUCGACUGUAUAAUGAGGAAUCCGGUUUAUAUGAGUAUAAAAUUUAUGGAUUUCUAAAAGAUGUUCCUCCUAAAAUAUGUGCUGAUGUUUACAUGGAUUUAGAAUAUCGUAAAAAAUGGGACUCCUUUGCUAAAGAAAUAUAUGAAACACAAGUCAUUGAUAAGAAACUGAUAUAUUGGGAAAUAAAUUACCCAUUUCCUAUGUGGAAUAGAGAUUAUGUGUUUAGUAGAGAAUUACGUGAAUUAAAGUGCAAUAAUGAUAAUGUUUGGGUAGUAUUAGCUAAAAGUACAAGUGAUUCCUCCAUACCGGAGAAAAGUGGAGUUAUUAGAGUAGAUGAUUGUGUACAGAAUGCUGCUUUAACAUCAGAUGGUAAAAAUGGUACAAGAGCAUAUAUGAAGUACUACGAUAAUCCUAAAGGUGCCAUCCCUACAUGGUUAAUAAAUUGGGGUGCUAAGACUGGUGUACCACAGUUUUUAAGCACUAUGGAAAAAGCGUGUAAAGGGUAUCCAGAUUAUUUAAAGACCCAUGGGAAAGAAUAGAAAUGUUUUAAAGUAUUCGUAAUCAAAUGUUUUAGCAAGUUUUCUGUCAAAUGCUUUUAUUAUGUAAAUAAUGUUUUUACCUUAUUUAUUAAACUGAAUUGAAUUUUAUUAAA